GGAAGAGUUCUCACCAUCCUUUUUUCUCUCUUUCUAGAAUUGCUCUACCCUCGUCUUCAAUAAUUUCCUUACGCUUGGACAAUCGAUAUGGCGCCCAUGAUGGAUUCGGCUGCAAGUGAUACCUCUGAGGAGAGAAGUCCUAUCUCGACGAACCCUUCUACGCCUCCAACUACGAGCUCGGUAGAUCUACCGAAGCUUGCUCGUGAGUCAGUCACAGAGAUCUUGCCAGUCCCAAAGGCAAAGAAUAUAUGUUGCGUUGGAGCUGGUUAUGUUGGUACUUCUCUCCACAGGUGGCCCAACAGCAGCUGUUAUUGCGUUCCACAACCCAAAUAUUCGAGUCACAGUCGUUGACAAAGAUGCUGGACGUAUCCGGAGAUGGAACUCACAACAUCCUCCCAUCCACGAGCCCGGUCUCAGCGAGAUCGUGCGAGUGGCUCGUGAUGGCACCAACGCCACCACCGUCAACGUCGAAGGAGACUUCACAGUUGAGAUGCCUGCUCGCAAGCAAAAUCUGUUCUUCUCUACAGAUGUUGCCAAGUGUGUCUCGGAAGCUGAUAUCGUCUUCCUGAGCGUCAACACCCCUACCAAGAUGACUGGUAUCGGUGCUGGUGCAGCUACAAAUAUGGUUGCUCUUGAGGGUGCAACUCGAGAUAUUGCUAUUGCUGCUAAGCCUGGUGCUAUCAUUGUUGAGAAGAGCACUGUUCCUUGCAGGACUGCUCAGAUUGUCCGCGAUACUCUCGAAGUCCACAGACCAGGUGUCCCAUUCGAGAUCCUUUCAAAUCCCGAAUUCUUAGCUGAAGGCACUGCCAUCAAGGAUCUGCUCAACCCAGAUCGUAUCCUGAUCGGCAGCUCUCGCACCAAAGCUGGUCUCGCCGCCGCAGCAACUCUCGAGGAAGUAUACUCCGCGUGGGUCGACCGCUCCAGAAUCGUAAUCGUCAACCUCUGGUCAUCCGAGCUCUCCAAACUCGUCGCCAACGCCAUGCUCGCGCAACGCAUCAGCAGCAUCAACACCGUCAGCGCCAUCUGUGAGAAGACCGGCGCCGACGUCGACGAGAUUGCGAAAGCCAUUGGCCGGGACGCUCGUCUUGGGUCAAAAUUCCUCAAAGCCGGUCUCGGGUUCGGCGGCUCUUGCUUUAAGAAAGAUAUCCUGUCUCUCGUCUACCUUGCCCAGACUCUCAAUCUCGAGGAAGUGGCCGAUUACUGGAUGCAGGUGAUCACUAUCAAUGAAUUCCAGCGCAACAGAUUCGUCAAGCGUGUUGUCUCCAAUCUGCAUGGAACACUUAUUGGACGCAAGAUUAGUAUUCUGGGGUAUGCGUUUAAGAAGGAUACUAGUGAUACCAGAGAGAGUCCUGCUGUUGAAGUGGUGAAGUCUUUACUUGCUGAUAAUCCGGCUGAGAUUGCUAUCUUUGAUCCUAGAUGUAAUCCUGAAGAUGUGAAGGAUGAGAUCAAGAGACUCUUCGCUACCACUGGAUUGAAGCUCUUGAAGCCUGAUGGGCCGAUCGAAGUAUAUAAGGACUCUUACGAAGCCUGCCACGACGCAAGCGCAGUCCUCAUCUUAACGGAAUGGGAUCAAUUCCGCUACCCACCCCUCAAAGAAAAAGAAUCCGCCUUCCACAAAGAGGAGUCUAUCGCAGCAGCAGCAGUCACGAAACCAACACUAGGCCGCACCCCCUCCGAACUCGACAUCCUGAACAUGAUGACCACAUCCCGACACACCAAACCGUCCUCUCCCUCGCCGACCCCCAACGCAACCGAGCUCGCACCACCGCUGUCUACGGAUCCGCUGAAUCGCUAUCUGCCGGAACCGGAGUGUCCAGCGGGAUGCAGGGAUUGCGAGAGGGGACAGGUCGAGGAGGUGAUUGCGAAUGAGAAUAUCGAGUGGGAGAGGAUUAGCUAUGGGAUGCGGAAGCCGAAGUGGGUUUUUGAUGGGAGGGGGCUGGUGGAUGUUGUGGGGAUGGAGAAGUUGGGAUUUAGGGUUGAGGGGAUUGGGAAGGCGGCUGGUGGGAGUAGGAGUCGGUUGCAUGGUGAGUGUUUUUCUAUCAUUGUUCGUGCAGAGUCGUUGCUAACUUGAUGAAUAGGGUUUGAUGCUGAUAGGUAAUUGACGAGUGUUGGUCAUCGAGAGACAGUAAUGGGUUGAUAGAUUGGGUUGUCGUUGUGGAGUCUUGGUGGUCC